AUGUCGGAGAAGAAGCGCAAGGCAAGUUCGGCGCCAGAAAGCAGGCCGAAGAAGAAACAGCAGGUCGCUUCUACUGCUGCCGCUAUCGAGCAUAUCCCAGGCUCGGAUGUGCUCAAACCGAUCAUAGCAAGCACACCUGGGGCAGCCUUCCCACAGAAAAUCAGGUUCCAGUCGUUCUUCAAGAAAACUGCAGACGGGUCGCAAACUCUUCUUCACUCCUCCGAACAUCCUACCAUAGAUUAUACAGCUGAGCAAGGUACUGAGUCAGGUGAAGCACACCAGAAGCACUAUAUCGUAAUCUACGAUCCGUCUACAAACAAGCUUCAACUGACGGAAGCAAAGAGACUGACAGUCAGAGGUUCUAUACGGCAACAACCACGAUUGGAAGAGGACGAUGAAGAUACGGCCAACUUCUUGGCUCAACAAGGCACUCGAGCCGCUCUUACAGAAGCGUUUGGCUCCAAGAAGUCUAAGAAGGCAGUGCAAGCUAUGGCUGAGAAUCGUCAGCUGGGCCAGGGUAUAGAAGGACAGAUGAUAGCACAAGCAAUUACAGCCAACCUGGAAGCAGAUGAAGAAGAGGAGGAAGCAGCAGAAGCCGCGACUGCCAGACUAGCUAACAAGCCAUUACCACUGCCAGACCUACAUACCGACGACAUAGACCGUGUGUAUUCACUCUCAAGCCUUAUCAAACCAUCACCUGCCACGAAUACUCUCAAAUUAAUGCCGACGAAACCAUGGCUCGACCGCCUACAAGCCAAGAAAGACGUAGAAUCACGGUCUCGGUACAUCGCCGCCAGAAUAGCCUACAUCUACAAGCACAUGACAUCCAACCCGGAACAAGUCCACAAAUAUACCCAACAGCUCCAGAUCUUACGAUACAUCGAACUUCUCCACCAAGUUCACGCGUUCGCCGCCAAACAAGACCGCCGCCGUCGUAUGCCACCUGUCGACGAAUGGCUACCUCAAACAUUCACUCCAGGCACCCCGCCUCAAGUCCUCCGCGAAGUCAUGCGCCAUCACUUCCCCGAACAGAACAUACCCACCACUCACGCCAUGACCCUCCUUCGAACCACUAUCCUCGCUCUAACAUUACAUAUCCUCCCACCAUCCGGCACAACCGGCGGCUCUAGCGGAUCCGGCCACGGCAGCCAGCUCGUCACCGAACCCUCAGACAUUCAGCUAGAUCUCGCCAUCGACGCGGCUGAGGUCAAGAAACUCUAUCACGAACUCGGGUGUGUCGUCAAACCUGCUACGGACAAAGACCUCAAUAUCUGGGGAUACACGAAGCUGGCGAAGAAGAGCAAAGAAGGAAAGAUACCGAAGCCGGUAUUCGCGGUUCUGAAGUUUCCUCUGAAUUUCCCGAAGGUUGGUGGUGGGAAGAAAGCAGGCGGCCGACGAUAG